AUGCCUUCUUCAAGUUCAUCACACACCAGUACCAACCUGGGCUCGAAAGCCAGCACCAGCAAAUCAAGUGCCAACACAACAAACCCCAGCACUACAAGAUCCAGUGCUAAGUCAGAAAAAACACGGGGUAAGGCUAAGGCCACCAAGAUCAAGGUCGUCGGCCAAUGGGCCCCAAGCAGCAUGUAUCCCCCACGGCCCACACAGCCCACACAGCCCAUACCUUCCAUACUUCCAUCCAUUGAAAAGGACGACUCCCCUUGCUAUCGACCAUUGUACAGGCGAUCAAUCGAGGAAGAUACACCCAUAAAGACGGAGUCCAGUGUGGAAUCUAGCCCCGAUCCUUCACGAUAUCCAUCCCAGGAUCCACCCAUCAAGAUGGAAUCCAGCGAAGAAGUCAGUCCCGAUCCUACAACAUCUCCGACCCCGGAUCAACGCAUUCAGACGCCAACCCGGCAAUCCAGCGUGGAAUCCAGUCCCGAUCCUACACCAUGUCCGGUCCGGGGACGCAACAACAAACCCCCUGCCAGACGCUCAGGCGGUCGAAAGCACCCGCGAGUCUGGGUCACCUAUAUGGAUGGGUGCUACGUGCGACUCCAUUCCAUCUACGACAGGAAGCACCGUCGCUUUAUCUACAAGCACGACAGGGACGCCAAGAAGAAUUUUGUGUUCGGACUACAGGGUGACAAGAUCGAAUACAUCAAGGACGAGGACACCAAAAAGCUCAUAUACAUGAGAGGAUUCACGCAUCCUGAUAGAUAA